CCUGCGGCUCUAACAUGUUCUGUUGGUUAAGUCGGCUGUACAGGGGUUUAUCCAGACCCACUAGAAGGACCACACAGCUGAUCUGGGGUUCUUUCUCCCGAAGUCUGGUACUGAGUUCACAGAGGAGAAUUCCAGAACUCAGUAGUUUUGUUGCCCGGACCAACACGUGUGGAGAGUUGCGUUCUUCUCACUUAGGCCAAGAAGUCACCUUGUGUGGAUGGAUUCAGUACCGAAGGCAAAACAUCUUCCUGGUCCUAAGAGAUUUCCAUGGGCUUGUUCAAGUUAUCAUUCCUCAGGAUGAGUCGGCUGCUUCUGUGAAGAAGAUUUUAUGUGAAGCCCCCAUGGAAUCUGUGGUGCAAGUGUCUGGCACAGUAAUUUCUCGACCUCCAGGACAAGAGAAUCCAAAAAUGCCAACAGGUGAGAUUGAAAUCAAAGUUAAAACAGCUAAACUUCUGAAUUCCUGCAAGAAGCUGCCCUUUGAAAUUAAGGACUUCGUGAAGAAAACAGAGGCUCUUCGUUUGCGGUAUCGCUACUUAGAUUUGCGUGGUGUCCAAAUGCAGUAUAACCUGCGACUGAGGUCCCAGAUGGUCAUGAAAAUGCGGGAAUAUCUCUGUAAUCUACAUGGGUUUGUGGAUAUAGAAACACCAACAUUAUUUAAAAGGACUCCAGGGGGUGCAAAAGAGUUUGUAAUACCAUCCAGGGAACCUGGAAAGUUUUAUUCUCUCCCUCAGAGUCCUCAGCAGUUUAAGCAGCUUCUGAUGGUUGGUGGUUUAGACAGAUAUUUUCAGGUUGCCCGAUGUUAUCGAGAUGAAGGAUCAAGACCAGACAGACAGCCCGAAUUUACUCAGAUUGACAUAGAGAUGUCCUUUGUAGAACAGACUGGCAUCCAGAGUCUAACUGAGGGUUUGCUCCAGUAUUCAUGGCCCAGUGACAGAGAUCCUGUGGUGGUUCCUUUUCCUUCUAUGACUUUUGCUGAGGCGUUGGCCAGCUAUGGAACUGAUAAACCUGACACUCGCUUUGGGAUGAAGAUUGUAGAUAUCAGUGAUAUGUUCAGAAACACAGAGGUUGGAUUUCUUCAAGAUGCGCUUAGUAAACCCCAAGGAACCAUCAAAGCCAUAUGUAUCCCUGAAGGAGAAAAAUACUUAAAAAGGAAAGACAUUGAGUCCAUUAGAAAAUUUGCAGCUGACCAUUUUAAUCAGGAAGUCUUACCUAUAUUCUUGAAAACCAAUAACAACUGGAAUUCUCCAGUUGCUAAGUUCAUAAUGGAGAAGCAAGGCUUGGGACUAAUCAGACUGUUGGAGACCCAAGAGGAGGAUGUGGUCCUGCUAACUGCCGGAGAGCAUAAGAAAGCAUGCUCUUUGUUGGGAAAAUUACGACUGGAGUGUGCUGACCUUCUAGAAGCAAGAGGAGUGGCGCUUCGUGACCCAGCUCUGUUCUCUUUCCUUUGGGUUGUGGAUUUCCCCCUCUUCUUUCCCAAGGAGGAAAAUCCCGAAGAGCUGGAGACAGCCCAUCACCCGUUUACUGCUCCCCACCCCAGUGACAUCCACCAUCUUUACACUGAGCCCCAAAAGGUCCGUAGCCAACACUAUGACUUGGUUUUAAAUGGCAGUGAGAUAGGAGGUGGUUCUAUCCGAAUUCAUGAUGCAGAGCUACAGCAUUACAUCCUGGCAACAGUACUAAAGGAAGACGUGAAAUUGCUCUCCCAUCUGCUCCAGGCUUUAGAUUAUGGGGCGCCCCCUCAUGGAGGAAUUGCCAUAGGGUUAGACAGACUGAUGUGCCUUGUCACUGGAGCGCCAAGCAUCAGAGAUGUCAUAGCCUUCCCCAAAUCUUUCCAGGGGCAUGACCUUAUGAGCAAUGCCCCAGAUUCUAUCCCGCCUGAGGAAUUGAAGCCCUAUCAUAUCCAGGUCUCCUGGCCAACAGACUCAGAAACAAAAAAGAGUUCAUUGAAUCAUCCAUGCCAUCCAGAAAGUUGAGCUUUUGAGUUUUGUCCUCUUUGCUUCCCCAAGGCUAAAAUCAGAUCUGGAGUUCAGCCACAGAUCUGACUUCAAGUUUUUAAAUGGAAGGAAUCCAGGCAACAUUCUUCACCUCAAUGAAGAAACAGACAAAAGGUAUCCAAUUUUAACGAGAGCAUGCAUUAUUAGGAUUAUUUUAUUUGGGACUUUUUUAUAGUUUCUUUUUACUUGGAGAGGUGUGAAACAUGGCUUUUUGACAGAGUAACAUAAUGGCAUAGUGUUUUCUAAUCAUGUUUUUCAUACCCCAAUAGUAGAUUGUUCUCUUAGGACAGAGGUAAUCAAACCAUAUGUGAAAUGUGGGAAGAUUCUUGCCCCUUUAGACUGGUCCAUUGAUGGAGGGGUCAGUUCAACCAGCCUCAUCAAGAGAAUCCUAUAAAGGAAGCUGGAUAAUGACACUUCAGCUAUCAACAUAAUAUAGUGAGAAGCAACAUGAUAUAAAGUAAAAAAUCACUGAAAUAAAAGUCACAAGAUCUUAAUCAGUGCUUUACCUUGCAAGUUGUAUAAACCUCUCUUAGCGUCCCUUCCUGCAUGUGUGAAAUGUAAGCAGUACUUGCCCUGCCUCCCUCACUGGCCUCUUCUUGCCAGAAUCCUAGGAGAUAAUAUAUGUGGAAGAUAGUGUGAGUAAAAAUGCUUUGAAAAACUUUAAAGCAUUACUUAAAUGUAAGAUGGUGAUAUUAUUAUCCAUCUGUAAACAGUACACAGAUAUAUCUAUGUAUUUUAUAGUUUAAGGUUAAACAAAACUGACAUCUGUGGUAAAAGGAAAACAGUAAUUUCAUUAAUCAGUAUUCUGCUUAUAUUUCUAUUUUUUAAAAUAAUCAUUAAUCCCUGAAUAACACUUUCCCUCAAUUAUAAGUAACUAAAAAUAUUAAUUGACCUUAAACCAACCUCAAAUGUAGAAAAGUGAACACUGAAACUCAUCGUGAUUUUCUUACACGUUCUGUUGACACAAAUAAAGGCUUAUAAUUAAUUAGCAGUUAUAAAAUGGGAAUAAGGCCUUGAUUAAUGACAUUGUUCUUUUCUACUUUAUCUUCACUUUUGCCUUGACAUUCUUUUGAUUUACAAUUUACACCAAAUAUCAGUCUUAUAUUCCAGCCUAUUUUUCUCAGUGCUGUAAGCAGUUUGAUACUACAAUCUUUCUGUUUGAAAAUAAAAUCAGCUUUGCUUCCAGGU